AUGAAGAGCGGUAGUUUGGGCGCGGUUCCAUCGUACGGCGUCCCCGCGAAACGACGGUGGCGAGGGUUCGUAAUCGCGGUUCUCGGCCUCGUCAUUCUCUCCAUGCUCGUCCCUCUCGUCUUCUUGCUCGGUCUCCACAACGGUUUUCACUCUUCCGGAUAUAUAUAUGAACAGAGAAGUACUCCUUCGAGUCAUAAAGUUCUUGAAAGUUACGAUAGACACAAUGUUGGCCACACCGAAAAAAAGUCUGAGGGAGAAAAAUCAAGUCAUGUGAAGGAUCUGAUCACUAAGUUUGAACCAACUCUUCCCAAGGAUGUUAUGAAGAAUUAUGCUCGAGGAAAUAAGAAUAGCACCAUCAGUAGGGGUGCCAAUGAAGAAAAACAUAGAGGUGUCAAGGCGCCACCAAAAUCUGCUCUGCAACCACCCCCAACUUCUAAUAAUCCUAAAGUUGGUCGCAUUGAGCAAGUCACCGACCCUAAGACAAAUUCUCCUGAUGAAAAUGGAAAGUCGUGUGAGCUCACAUAUGGUAGUUAUUGUUUGUGGCAACAAAAACAUAAAGAAGUUAUGAAAGAUGCCAUGGUUAAGAAAUUGAAAGACCAACUAUUUGUGGCUAGAUCUUAUUAUCCUAGCAUCGCAAAACUCCCAGCACAAGACAAACUGUCUCGCGAACUCAAACAGAGUAUACAAGAGCUGGAGCAUGUGCUUAGUGAAUCUUCUACAGACGCUGAUCUCCCACCACUGGUUGAGACUAAAUCAGAGAAGAUGCAAGUUGCAAUAUCCAAAGCUAAAUCAGUCCCCGUGGUUUGCGACAAUGUUGAUAAGAAAUUGAGACAAAUAUAUGAUCUGACUGAGGAUGAAGCUGAUUUCCACAUGAAACAGAGUGCAUUCCUAUAUAAACUCAACGUUCUGACAAUGCCAAAGAGUUUUCACUGCCUGGCACUGAAACUAACUGUUGAAUAUUUCAAAUCUUCACAUGAUGAGGCUGAUUCAGAAAAAUUUGAAGAUUCUUCAUUGCGCCAUUAUGUUAUUUUCUCUAAUAAUGUGCUUGCUGCGUCAGUGGUUAUUAACUCCACCGUAACUCAUGCAAAAGUAAGUCGGAAUCAGGUUUUUCAUGUGUUGUCUGACGGACAAAAUUAUUAUGCAAUGAAGCUUUGGUUCAAGAAGAACAAUUAUAGGGAAGCGGCUGUUCAAGUUUUAAAUGUUGAGCAUCUUGAGAUGGAUAGCAUAAAAGACAAUCCAUCACAACUUUCCUUGCCUGAAGAAUUUCGUGUUUCAUUUCGCAGUUAUGAUAAUCCAUCUGCGGGCCAGUUUAGAACAGAAUAUGUUUCAAUGUUUUCUCAUUCACAUUAUUUACUUCCUGAUAUAUUCAGCAAGUUGAAGAAAGUUGUCGUUCUGGACGACGACGUUGUUAUUCAGCAAGACUUGUCAGCCCUUUGGAACCUAGACAUGGGUGAAAAAGUUAAUGGUGCAGUGCAAUUCUGCUCAGUAAGGCUAGGUCAGCUGAAAAGUUAUCUGGGCGGGAAAGGUUUUAGUCAUAAUUCAUGUGCGUGGAUGUCAGGGUUAAACAUAAUUGAUCUAGUGAAGUGGAGAAAGCUUGGUCUUACUCAAACUUACAAAAAGUUGAUAAAAGAGUUGAGUAAACAAAAAGGAUUCAAUAUAGCUGCAACAUGGCCUGCAAGCUUGCUCACAUUCGAGAAUAAAAUAUAUCCACUCAAUGAGUCGUGGGUGCGGUCUGGAUUGGGUUAUGAUUACAAAAUUGACUCUAACUCCAUUAAAACAGCUCCAGUACUACACUACAAUGGGAAAAUGAAACCAUGGCUUGAUCUGGGAAUUCCAAACUACAAGAGCUAUUGGAAGAAGUUUCUGAACAAAGAGGAUCAACUCUUGAGUGAGUGCAAUGUAAAUUCAUAG